AUGCGUGUAUGCUGUCUCGCCGAUUGUCGGCUACUCCUCUUCGUCCUGCUGCCAUUACUACUAUUCCUGGUACUACUGACUCCGGUUUCCGGAGCGAAGUUUCAGGUUAGAGUAUGGCAACCAAAUAUUGAUACGUCAAAAAUUACGGAACCAUUCCGGUUUUGGGAAUUAGUAGAAUGGCGAAGAUUACCUGCAGACAACAGCGAGGUCACUGAUACCAAGAACCUGCCGUCUACAUCAACACCAGAAAUUCCAAGUUCUACAAGCAGUACUACAACAUCUACAACACCCAGUACUACCACCACAUUCACCACUACCACUACGACCAUCCCUACAACUACAACUACCACUACUACAACCACCACAACUAUCCCUCCUACAACCAUAACAACAACAGAGCCGAGUACCGUGAGCUGGGAACUUCCUCCAACACCUCCACCAUGUGAAGAAUCUGAUCCCCAGAUUUUGAUAAAACGAAUGAAAGAUUCUGGAAUCUAUAAUGAAAUAUAUAUGGCUCCUGAUUUCACUGCAGCCAGCCGUAAUUUCCCGAAUCUUGGAGGAAGACAAUUCAUGAGACCCAAACCCCACUACACGUGCGAUGAACAUUGCCAGCGAUCUUCUAAGUUAGUACGAUUGGUAAUGAAUGGCGAAGAAGCAAAAGAAAUGCCAGAGGAUCCACCACGUACAUGGUGGGACCCUAGCAAAUGGGAGAAUGAUCAACGAUCAAAAAGAAACAUCAAGCCAUCCGAGGUAGCAGCUAGGAAGCUUGAACUCGAAAAAACUAUAAAGCGUGCACUCAAGGAACUUCAAGAUCUCAAAGCUGAUGAGUUAGAGAGCAAUAGGGAACCAAAUUUUAUGGAAGAUUUUGAUGACUUUUUCGAGGAGUUGCCGGAACAUUCAGAAAGACAUACUCGUUCAACCAACGCGGAUAAAAAUAUUUUAGAAAGAAAUUCAGGAUUCUCUAGAGAUGUGCUUGGAACAACUAUAGCCAUUGACUGUCAUGAAAAUAGUCAUGGAUUUCAGAAAUCAGGGUAUCAUUUCUGUUCGACUUGCCGUGCUAUUCGUCAUCUUCCGCGAAAUUAUUUUCCUCGGAUCCUUAACGAAGUUGUUUGUAGCCAUAACACAUGCGUGCGAGGUGACGGCCGUUGUGCUCAACGUUUCUUGCAGUUUAAGGUUCUAAGAAAUGAGGGAACAGAACAGUGUCCAAAGUGGAAUCUUAUCUCUCUAGAACUACGAACAUGUUGUGAUUGUGUUGUUCAUCCCAUGUCGCCUUUUGUGCGAUACCUCCAGACCACCUAA